AAUGGAACAGCAAUUAUGCAAGAAACUGAUUUCGAACUCUACGAUACAAGAUACAUGGAGGGAACCUCUAGAGCAAAGGAUUUGAAUGUACAGAAUAAAAGAUUAGGGUCUACCCUAGAUGCUGAUGAAGUACAGUUUACCCAGUGAAGAAGUGUUUACUCAGGUUCCUUGGUUCGCUACUGGUAAAACAGGACAAGUAGAUUUGAAUACUUCAGUUAACUUCCAAACAAAUAGUUCAGAAGAACCAGAAAAAAGGAAAAGUAUAGUUUCGUUGAUCAGUCGAACAUUUAGUCGGGAUUCAAUAAAGGACUCCAACAGCAAUAAUAAACUGGAAGAUAGUUCAGCAACUAGAUCAGCUUGGCAGGUUUCAGAUAUACAGGAGGAACCAUUAGAAAAUCCAUCAAACUCCCGAGCUCGACUUCCCUCCCUGCCCCGCCCUUCUCUCCCUCCCUCCUUGGUCGCGUUCACCACCUCCCCUCUCCAGAACAACUUUAACUACGACAAGGGGAACAAGGACAGAGUAGAGAAAAUGUCCACCGAGGAGUUCCGUCCUCAAACUAGGGGGAAGCUGGAUCCGAAUAGAUAUGCGACGAAGAAGACUAUUGGACAGGGUAUGCUGGACAUUGCUCUUCUAACUUCAAACGCGUCACAGCUUCGAUAUAUUCUACAGGUUGGAGAAGCACAUGAAUUCUACACAGCAAUGCUUGCUCUCGUCAUAACCUCUAUAGUACUUCAGGGAUUGAACGGUAUAAUGCAGCUGGUGAUGGGACCGAUGAAUAUAAAGAAGGACGAGCACAAAACAUUUUUGAACAUUGUUAAUUAUCUGUCCUUGUCAUUUUCCUUCGGUAUUGCUAUCAUUGAUGUGAUUAAAAUUAACUUUGUAGCCCCUGAACUAACACCUAUCUAAAAAGAACAAAAAAGAAAAUUUAUCAAAUUUCAAAAAAAAAAGAAAUUUAUUUUUUCGGAAAAUACACAAAAUUAAAAUCAAUUCUCGAAAAAUACGUUAAAUGGGAAAAUUAAUGAGAAGUGUUUGUUUGUUUGUUUAUAAAUUUGUAGACUUGAUAAACAUUUGAAAAUUGAACUUGGAGAAACCAAAAAAGAAUUGCUAAAUAUUAUUGUAAUCUACAUAUUUACCUAUAAUAUGAUCGAAAUAAAAAAUUAACACUUGAA